CGCAGACAUUCCCUGGUACACAUGAAUCCCGGCAAGCACUUAGUAGUGCACAAACCUCAGCGAGCGAGAGGUCGUUGGAGUUCUGUCGGUUCGCUGCGAACUAUACGGGGAUAGGCCUUAUCUCCGGACCCCACACCGUCACCACUUGGACCCUUGGUCUGUCUCCGCUUUCCACCUUCGCUACCAACUGCUUUGAGCUUUCGUACUCCAAGAGAACAAUCAUGAUCGAACUACUGGAUUUGUGUUAUGAUGUUCUAAUCGGGAUUCUGGAAGAGAUAGAUCCCCACGAUCUCGCGGCAUGUGCACAAACGUCCAGAGGCUUCAACCAAUUCAUCAAAGACAACAAGCGUCUUUACAAGACCUUGUACCUGAAGCACUUUGACGACCCUCGACGCCGAAGACCGGCCGAUUCUGAGCCAGAAUGGGUAGGAGCAUUGCAGAGGGUGGUGAGAUGUCAAAAGAUCCUCGAUUCUGCCAACAAUGACCUCAAGAAAGAAGAGUUCACAUUCGUUGCAACGACCGUCGAUCAGCUUAUCGCCACGAUGUCAUUAGAUGAGAAUGGCGUGACUUGUAACAAGCGCUUAGUGACCGACCAGUUCCAGCGCAUCGCACAAAAUCACGAUGCUUUUAUGUGUCGAUCCUCUCUUUUCGACCGAGCUGGCACAGGAAAACAGAAGCCAGCCGGGGACGAAGAGAGUCGACAGUUGAGCGCAAAAUUGCAUAGCUUGUUCGGCUUUCCACCAUCUAACGCCGGAAGAAGAGAUCUCUCAACGAAUCCAUUUGCCCGAUCACGCGUAUACGACCUGCGCAACUAUACCGAUCAGAACGAGUGGGGCCCUUUCCGUGAUGAUGGCACCAUGCGAGUGGAUUGGGAGAUGAUCGAAAGCAUCAUGAUAGUCAUCGGUUACAACUCUUGCUUCUGCACCCACACGGUAUCGAAUAAACUUCGACCACCAUGGUUCGCUCCACUUGAUGGUGUAAUUCCAAUAGACAACGAUCAGAUGGGCGUGGUACCGAACUAUACGGCGUUAGUACAGCAACCGGACAUUUCUCUCAACAUGAAGGAUCCAUAUGGAGUGGAAGGUAUCUGGUCGCGUAUCGUAUGCUUCCUCGAUUAUAACGACUUGUACAAUUACAACUUCAGCUCCGAGGCGAUGAAGGUUCCUUCCGACGAGCCAAGAGACGCCUUGAACACCGACGAAGCCAUUAGACACAUCAUCAUGGAUCUGCGUAUCACGGAUGUUACUGCACCAGGGCCUUUCGAUAACUCAACGCUACCAAUUGUGCAUUUCAGAGGCAAAUCCAAAUCCGUAGAUGCUCUUUGGGAUCCAAAUGCAAACUCUGGUAUCCGCGGUACCGUGAGGCUGACACCGGAAGGAGAGGUUCGCUGGCAGACCAUCUCAAUAUUCCAAGGCGGUGAGGAGCGAUGGCGCAGUGAUGGCAUUCAAGUGGGUGGAUUACGUUGCCCACGUGGCGUUGUAGGAACGUGGUUUGACAAGGACUUUGAUGCUCAUGGCCCUGCCGGACCGACAGCUUUCUGGAAGGUCAGCGAGAGGCCAGUGGAUUCUGCGGAUGAGGAAAGCGAUUCAGAAGAUAGCUUUUGGGAUGCGUCAUGAGGGACUAGCUAAACUGAAGUACAAGGGACCAAAUCAUAGCUUUCACAUCUCAACAUAUCUCCACCU